AUGCUUGCUACAGCCGGCCUGGUCGCCGCUGACCCAUUCAAUCCGUUAACGCAGAUUGCGGGCACUGUUUCGGGCACGCUAGACGGCGCCUUUGGAGGCAUCGUGGGAGGCAUGACCGAUGGUACGACAGUUACCGGAGGCAACAGCCCUGCCAGCGGCUUCAAGAGAAUAGUCACGACACCCGCAUAG